CUAAACCAACUCCGUUUAUCUGCCGUUCUUGCAUUUAUUUUGAUCUCUCCUAGUUUAGUGUUCAACUCAACAUGCGCAUUUUAACGUAAGUUGCUUCACGCACACUCCUGUCUGAGAAAAACUAGUGUUCGUUUUUGCGCUGAUUUGACCCACGCCCACAAAAUUCAAGAUUUUCACCUUUUCUUCCUCGCCCCUUUUCAUUUUCCUCAGCCAAAAAAAAUAAAAAAAAAAUCGUCUUUUCCCCUUUUUUCAUCUCUCACUGUGUGUGUGUGUUUGCUAUGGAGGGAAAUUGUUAUCUUGAAGUGGAUGUCAAUGGAGAAGAGGUUUUCUUGGUUGAUAAGAGAGUUAUAUCGUCCUAUUCGGGAAGGAUGAGCAAAUUGCUCGGCAAAAUGAGGGAUGCAACGGGUAAUGUGAAGGUGAUAUUCCACGGCUUCCCCGGCGGCGCGGAGAGUUUUGAGCUGAUCACGAGGUUCUGCUACGACAAGGGGAAGGCCGGCAUCAUCAAUGCCUCGAACAUCCUUCCCCUCGCCUCAGCUGCACAUUUUAUGGAGAUCGAGCAUCUCAGCGAGCAGAUUGAGAGGUCGUUGGAAGAGAUCAAUCAUUGGAGCUUGUCCGAGGUUGUGAUGGCGUUGAAGCAGCAGCAACGCGUUGGAGGUGCUGUGCUCGAUAAGUUGCUGAGCUCUCUCGUUGGGAGGAUUGUCUCGUGCUCUGAGACGAGCCCUUCCUCGUCUGCAGCUUCCUCAUCGGGCAGCUCGUGUGAUGGUAUCGGGGCAACGUGGUGGUUUGAGGAGCUCGUGGCGUUGGAUGCCCGUGUGGUUGAGAUGGUGACGAGGCAGAUGGCGCUGAGGAGGCUCGACAGCGGAUUGAUCAUUAGGUUUCUGCUCCACUACCUGAAAUCGAGAUCUGCAUCCGCCUCGUUGGAUGAGAGAGUUGGGAUUGUUGAAGAAGUAGUUGAGAUGCUUGGCAUUUUGGAUGUGAGGUGUGUCUCCUGCAAGAGCUUGUUUGAGCUGCUGAGGGUUGUGAUGAAGGUGAGGGUGAGCCGACGGUGCAGGAACGUGGUGGAGGGCGCGAUUGGGUCGUUGCUGGAUCAGGCGAGGCUCGAUGAUCUGCUCAUCCCAUCCUCACCAUCAAGGUGCUACUUGUAUAAUGUGAAUUUGGUGUUGAGUUUCUUGAGAUCCUUUCUUGGGGAGGAGGUUGGUUCGGUUCCGUUGAGCCGGAUGGCGCGCGUGGCGGGCUUGGUCGACUCGUAUCUGGCUGAGAUCGCGCCCGAUCCGUGGUUGAAGCCAUCGAAGUUCUUGGCUGUGGUCAGGGCACUUCCUGACUCGGCUAGAGACUCUUUCGAUGCAGUUUAUCAUGCCGUCAAUUUGUAUCUUGAGGUGCACCGGGGUUUGUCGGAGGAGGAAAGGAGGAUACUCUGCUGCAGCAUAAACUAUGAGAAGCUGUCGCCGACAGCGUUGAGCCAUCUCAUCGGAAAUGCUCGUUUCCCGUGGGAACACGUGGCUCUCGCCCUCGUCUCUCGGCGAAGCAAGCUGAGAAGCUUGCUUCGGCCCGCGGGUACUACUUAUGAGGGAGGGAGAGUCGAGGGUUGUGACCAAGUUGUGCUCUACGCGAGGCAACUGAAUGCCUCGGACAAGCACAAGAAGGUAAAACCUCGUCUGCAAGGAAUGCAGACGAGGGUUUCAGAGGUGGAGAUGGUUUGUAGGAAAAUGCAGCCUCAAAAUGUAAAGAUGAGGAAAUCAAGAACUUCAAGGCUUGUGUAUGGUAGAUCUUUGCCUUUGCUUUGUUCCUAGCUAGUAUUGCAAUUCAAUCUUUUAGUUAAUUUGCUUAGUCUUUUGUACAUCCAAAAAAGUUUAUUGUAGAUGUUGAUAUACAUAGAGUGAGAAAUUGCUAAACAUCGUUUUUCUA